AUGAUGAAGACGACUACCUGUUCGAAUGCGAUCCGCGCAACUGCAAGAUUGGGCCUUGCACCCCGACUACGACCUCUGCUACUCCAGCGAAGCUAUGCGACGCAGUAUGGUCUCGGAACAACCGCCUCGACAACUAGCUCGAAACGGAAGAAGGUCACGCCAUUCAACGACAAUGGUUCGGUUCCUUGGUCGCAGCUUUCUGGGGGAGAAAAGGCAGCGAGGGCGACUCAACAGACCUUCAACUUUGGGCUGAUUCUGGCUGGUAUCGCAGUGACGGGCGGAGUUGCGUAUGUUUUGUGGACGGAUGUCUUCUCUCCGGACAGCAAAACUGCUGUCUUUAACCGAGUCGUCGACAAGAUCAAGGCUGAUCAGAAGUGCAUCGAAAUGCUGGGAGAUUCGAAGAAGAUUGUUUGUCAUGGCGAGGAAACGUAUAACAAGUGGCGACGAGCUCGUCCGAUUGCCUCUACUAUCAACACGGAUUCGAGAGGUCAUGAGCAUAUGCUGAUGCACUUCCAUGUCGAGGGGCCACUCAACAGAGGCGUGGUUUACCUGCACAUGAUCAAGACGCCCAUCUCUGGCGAGUUUGAAUACAAGUACCUCUACGUUGAUGUCAGAGGGCACCAGCGACACUACCUCGAGAACGCAGACACGGCGACCGGUUCUGGAAAGAAAGGCGUCAGGUUCCUCGGCAUCAACUGGGGAUGA